CACAGCUUUAAACAUCCAAGAUGAAGUCCAGUGAAAUCCAACAAUUCGAACAAGCAGCCAAAGACGCAGUCGAGGCUCUCAACAAGAAUGUCUUCAUAACAACCAAACAAAAAAUGGACAGUCUCGCCUCAUCUCCAGACUGCCACAAGAAAUCAACGUGGGAUAAUCAACUCGGCGUCAAUCAACGCACCCUGCACGAGUCAGCAUGGGACACAUAUGAACAACUCAGGAGCUUUUAUACAAAUCGGCUUAUCAUACUGUCUGGGUUUGAGCAGCAUGAAGCGGCAACUGUGUGUAGCUUCGCGUCGACUGCUGUGAAGCGUCUUGUGCAAAACAGUGAGAGCACCUUGCAGGUUGCCCUGGAUAAUGUGGAUAGCUGGGCUGGGAAUCCUCAGGACGAGAUUGCCAAGUGGGUAGAUGAUGUUCAGAAACUUGCCGCGCAGACCCUGGAUAAAAUCCAUCAGGAUUUGGAAGUUUAUAAAGAAUAG